GAGAGAGUGUCAUGGAAAGUCCACGACUCGAUUUAAAUGAGAGGCAAACGACGGGAAUAGUGUUGUAUUUCAAACAAGAUUACCUGAACUAUGGGACUCAUCAUAUGGCAGAGAAAACUCAGACCUGUCCUGCAUUUGGGCUGGAUUAUGUUGUCAUUAAUCAAGACUAUUAAAUUGUAUUUUAGCUGACACCAUAAAAUAAUGAAGUAAUAUGCAAUCCCAAAACUAUCUGAAUUCGACAGUAUACAACAUAAAGCCUGGAGAGAUGGACCUUUCCGAUAAAAGCUCGGGGCCCAAAACGGUACUCAGGAAACGGACCCAGAGUCUCCCCUCCCCGGCCCUGUGCUGCGCCUGUGGCCUGUGCAUUAUGCUAGCGGGCAUCAACAUCACACUGGUGGGGGCCUUUGCUUUCAAGUCCUUCAUCCCCACCAGCAACCCACCCAUCAUCAUCGGGCCCCUCCUCCUACUAGUGGCCUUGUCCUUUUUUGGGGCGUGCUGUGUGUGUGGGCGGUGGCCACCAACCCACAAUGCCGGCAAGGCCAAGGGGGAAGAGAGCUGUGGUCGGACGCGGAUAGGGGCCGGCGUCACAUUUGAGAUGGAGACGAGCGAGCACACGCUGCAGGACACAACUGCCGUACAGCUCAGUCCCACCAAUUCUCAGAGCUCCUCCCACAAGUCUAGUAACUCCUCCCAUGGGGAUACCCUUGCAGUAGGGGCCUGUGAGGAUGACCCCGCCCCCAGGGCCUGUGAUCUCGCCAGCUCAGAGGCCUAUGAUAUAGAUGUGAGACCUGAUGACCAGCUCUUGACCUCUGAGGACCAGGUCUUGACCUCUGAGGACCAGCUCUUGACCUCUGAGGACCAGCUCUUGACCUCUGAGGACCAGGCAUUGACUGCUGAUAUUGAAGAUAAGGGGAGCAUCCAGAUGACGGCACUAUACAAGCCUUGCCCAACGUAGCAUGGCUGUCUACUGGCUAUUACAUAAACUGGUACUAUAUAUCCUGUGUGACAAUGACCUGUGUCUCACUAUAUAUUGACUUGCCUAGUUAAAUAAAGGUUAAAUAUCCCUCUGGUACUAUAAACUGGUACUAUAUAUCCUUGUGAUACUACAAACUGGUACUAUAUAUCCCUCUGGUACUAUAAACGGGUACUUUAUACUUCUUUGGUACUAUAAACUGGUACUAUAUACCCCUCUGGUACUAUAAACUGGUACUAUAUAUCCCUCUGGUACUAUAAACUGGUACUAUAUACCCCUCUGGUACUAUAAAUUGGUACUAUAUAUCCCUCUGGUACUAUAAACUGGUACUAUAUACCCCUCUGGUACUAUAAAUUGGUACUAUAUAUCCCUCUGG